UAUGGACUAAGACCUCUGAAACUAAUCACUCUUAGAAAGCUGAAUCCUGAGACUCUCUUUCCAUGAUGUACCUCAGUGCUGCAAAUCACCGCAUACCUCUAAGCGAUGGAAACAGCAUUCCCAUCAUUGGACUUGGGACUUUCUCAGAACCAGCAUUGACCAAAAAGGGGGACUGUGCAGCAUCAGUGAAGAUUGCCAUCGACAUAGGGUAUCGGCACUUUGAUGGGGCCCACCUCUACCAAAAUGAGAAUGAAGUGGGAGACGCCAUCAGUGAGAAGAUAGCAGAAGGGAAGGUGAAGAGGGAGGAUAUUUUCUACUGUGGAAAGCUGUGGGCUACAAAUCAUGUCCCAGAGAUGGUCCGCCCAGCCCUGGAGAGGACACUCAAGUCCCUGAAACUGGAUUAUGUGGAUCUUUACAUCAUUGAAGUACCCAUGGCCUUUAAGCCUGGAAAUGAAGUGUAUCCUAAAGAUGAGAAUGGCAAGUGGUUGUAUCAUAAAUCAGAUCUGUGUGCCACUUGGGAGGCCUUGGAAGCUUGCAAAGAUGCAGGCUUGGUGAAAUCCCUUGGCGUCUCCAAUUUUAACCGCAGGCAGCUGGAACUCAUCCUGAACAAACCAGGACUCAAAUACAAGCCAGUCAGCAACCAGGUCGAGUGCCACCCCUACUUCACUCAGCCAAAACUCUUGAAAUUCUGUCGACAACAUGACAUUGUUGUUGUUGCCUACAGCCCUUUGGGGACCUCUAGGAAUCCACUGUGGGUGAAUAUAUCUUCUCCACCUUUAUUAAAUGAUGCACUUCUAAACUCACUGGGGAAAAAGUAUCGCAAGACAGCAGCUCAAGUUGCUUUGCGUUUCAACAUCCAGCGAGGGGUGGUGGUCAUUCCUAAAAGUUUUAAGCCUGAAAGGAUCAAAGAAAACUUUCAGAUCUUUGACUUUUCUCUCACUGAAGAAGAAAUGAAGAGCAUUGAAGCCUUGAAUACAAAUAUCCGCUUCGUGGAAAUGCUCAUGUGGUGUGAUCACCCUGAGUACCCCUUUCAUGACGAAUACUGACUUCAGGGAGGACUUCCCGGAUUUCCCUCUCUCUUGGGUGUCGGCGCCUUGGCUGGAGUUUCCUGGAUAUGGAAAUAAAAGGGGUUUCAGUGUCCUCAGAUGGCGUAAUGAUGAAAAUGUUCCACACUUAUCUUUUGUGACCUUUACUUAGCUAUGAAGAAAAAAUGUUUAAAUCUGAAAUAACUCAGUAAUUAUCUAGUAGUAUAUUUUUUAGAUCAGUGUCUUCUAGGUUCCAGACAGAAAAACAUUAGACUUUAGAAAAUAUUUGAAAGGCAACAUAUAAAGACAAAUAACACAUGGAUAUGGGCAUUAUCAAAAGUAGUCUUGGGUUCUUAGACCUUUAACAGGACGGCAAAGAGGGUGGGGAGCUGGCAUGGGCCAGGGUGCUGGCAGUGGCCUGAUGGUUUGGCACUGAUCGCAAUACAGGUACAGCUUAGAGAAGACCACACAAGCAUUAUUUUUAUUGUUAUUUUGUUUGUUUUUGUGGUGCUGGGGAUUGAACUCAGGGCCUCUGUGCUAGACAAAUGCUCUGUCCCUGAGAUACAUUCCCAGUCCUUUCCUCAUAUAUUAUUAACAAACAAGUGAUUUCUUGCAUCUUGAGUAGAUAAGGAAGAAAUGUAGAAAAGUCUUAAAAUUGAGCUUAUUAAACAGUUGUAAGCAAAGUCUUUCAUGUUACUGUUCAUUUCUAUGCAGUGUGUGCCUGUUUAGCUUUUAGCUAGUUUGAAGGAUGGAUAGUUACUGGUUCACUGAUGCAUCUUUAUGGGACCCCAGCACCCUGGUAAUCCAGCUGUGUCUUAUCAUUACUCUUGCCCUAGUUCAUCAUGCACCUUCCAUUGUGUGAAGUGGCUUGAAGCAACCAACAUACACCAAUGAACCCUGUACCAGAAAAUAGUCAAAAGAAAGAUAUUUUAAAAGAAGGAAUUUUUAAAGGAGGCUUUCAAAAACAUUGGUAGAUGAGACCUUAUAAAAUUAUUAUUCUUAAGACCUGAAGAGUGGGAUAAUAUGAAUUUUAAAACAGUAGCAAGUUCAAAAGAACACUAAUAAUUUUACUGUGUGUAAAUUUUUAACAAGUGAAUAUGAUUAUUAGAACUCAGCUAUAAAGAUACACCUAUUUUCAAUUCAACUAGAGAAAUACAUUUUAUUCAUUCAUAUCAGGUCACUUUCAGGGGGGUUUUAGAGAGCUUUUCAAAACUUGUUGUUCCAAGAUCAGUUGAUUAUAAAUAAAGUUCAAUGAUCUGAAGAGACAUAUUUCUGAGAAAUUAUCCCUUUAUCAAAAUUGAUCUAUUCACAUUGUUUCCAAUGAUUCCAAUGUUAACAUUUAUAGUGCUUUCUCUAGAAAAUGUUUUGUUCACAAGAAAUAAAGUGUGAUGAUUUGUCCCACCAAA